ACAUGUUCAUGCAUUUAACUUGAACAAUGUAGUAUUUAUGUUUUCUGAAUACUUCCGUCGCCCUUAUACAAAAGCGCACGGCACAAUUUCACUAGGCAUUACGGUAACGUGAGGUAGGCGUGCUUUGCGUCGGAAUGUACCAUUUUCGCCAACACACCGGGAAGGAUUUUGUUGUGACAGCGGGAUAACAACCCGGCGGGGGCAGACGAUCAUAACAUAGGUUUUUCAUCUUGCAUCAACAAUGGCCUUCAGCAAGGGAUAUCGCAUUUACCACAAGCUGGAUCCACCCCCGUACAGUGUCAUAGUGGAAACUAGGACCCGGGAAGAAUGCCUCAUGUUUGAAUCUGGGGCUGUUGCCGUUCUGUCGGCGGCAGAGAAGGAUGCCAUUAAAAACACAUACACCAAGAUUGUUGAUGCCUAUGGCAUCCUGGGCGUACUGCGCCUCAACCUGGGUGACUCCAUGCUCCACAGUCUGGUGGUUGUGACAGGAUGCAGCUCUGCGGGGAAGGUGCAGGAUUCUGAGGUUUUCAGGGUCACACAGACAGACUUUAUAUCCCUGAAGAACGAUCCAGGAGAUGAGGACCGGAUCGCUGAAGUGCGAAAGGUCCUGAACUCGGGACACUUCUACUUUGCCUGGUCUGCCACAGGAACCGGCAUGGACUUGAGUCUCAAUGCACAUCGCAGGAUCCUAGAGGACACAACUGAUAACCGCUUCUUUUGGAACCAAUCUCUGCACCUGCACCUGAAACACUACGGCGUAAACUGUGACGACUGGCUGUUCAGGCUGAUGUGUGGUGGUGUGGAGAUCAGGACCAUCUAUGCAGGGCACAAACAGGCCAAGGCCUGCAUCUUCUCCCGCCUCAGUUCAGAGCGGGCCGGCACACGAUUCAACGUCCGAGGAACAAAUGACGACGGACAGGUGGCCAACUUUGUGGAGACUGAACAGGUUAUUUUCUUGGAUGACAAAGUCUCAUCCUUCAUACAGAUCCGCGGGUCCAUUCCUCUUUUCUGGGAACAGCCAGGAAUCCAGGUCGGCUCUCAUCGUGUCAAACUUUCAAGAGGAUUCGAGGCAAAUGCGCCUGCAUUCGAAAGACACUUCACUACACUGCGGAGGUUGUAUGGUAAGCAGGUGAUCAUCAACCUGCUUGGGGGUAAGGAAGGGGAACACAUGCUCAGCAAAGCUUUUCAGAGUCACCUGAAGGCAUCAGAGCAUGCAACAGCAGUGAAAAUGGUGAAUUUUGACUACCAUCAAAAUGUGAAGGGGGGCAAGGCAGACAAACUCCACAGUGUCCUCAAACCCUACCUCAACAAGUUCAUAGAUGAGUGUGGGUUCUUCUACUACUCGGGAGAGACGGGCAUCGCAAGAACUCAAGGUGGGACCAUUAGGACCAACUGCCUGGACUGUCUGGACAGAACCAACAGUGUUCAGGCCUUCUUUGCCCUCGAGAUGCUGCCCAAGCAGCUAGAGGAAAUGAGUCUGACAGAGAAACCCCAGCUGGUGGCCAGAUUCCAGGAGGUUUUUAGGACCAUGUGGUCUGCCAACGGAGACUCCGUCAGUAAGAUCUACGCGGGCACUGGUGCCCUGGAUGGCAAGGCCAAGGUGGGAAAGCUAAAAGAUGGCGCUCGUUCUGUGACGAGGACCAUCCAGAACAACUUCUUUGACAGCUCUAAGCAGGAGGCUAUAGACAUCCUGAGGCUGGGCUCCACGCUCAACAGUGAUUUGGCGGACAAAGCUCGGGCCUUGCUCACCACUUCCAGUCUUUACGUCACUGAGCCCAUCUUACAAUCAGCCUCCCCAAGAGUACUUCUGGGAAUGUGUCAGAACUACCAUAAAUACACGAGGCCCAAGCAGAUCCGCGUGUGUGUCGGCACCUGGAAUGUCAACGGGGGUAAACAGUUUCGCAGCAUUGCUUUCCGCAACCAGACACUCAACGACUGGCUGCUGGAUGCUCCAAAGAAGGCGGGACAUCCUGAGUUCCAGGACAGCAAAGCCAACCCCAUAGAUAUCUUUGCCAUCGGUUUUGAGGAAAUGGUUGAACUGAAUGCCGGAAAUAUUGUCAGUGCGAGCACUACAAACCAGAAACUAUGGGCAGCUGAGCUACAAAAAAACUUAUCGCGGGACCACAAGUACGUGCUGCUUGCUUCAGAGCAGCUGGUGGGAGUGUGUCUGUUUGUUUUCAUCCGCCCACAGCACGCACCCUUCAUCAGGGAUGUUGCUGUAGAUACUGUAAAAACUGGGAUGGGCGGGGCUACAGGGAAUAAAGGAGGUGUGGCCAUCCGCCUGCUCUUCCACACCACCAGCAUCUGCUUCGUCUGCUCCCACUUUGCUGCUGGCCAGUCACAAGUCAAGGAGAGGAAUGACGACUACAAUGAGAUCACGCGCAGACUCAGCUUCCCCAUGGGUCGUCUGCUUUACUCGCAUGACUACGUUUUCUGGUGUGGAGACUUUAACUAUCGAAUCAGCCUGCCCAACGAGGAAGUGAAAGAGCUAAUCAAACAGCAAAACUGGGACGCCUUGACAGCUGGGGACCAGUUGGUGGACCAGAAGAACGCUGGUUUGGUUUUCCGAGGUUUUAUCGAGGGAAAGUUAGAUUUUGCUCCGACCUAUAAGUACGACCUCUUCUCAGAAGAUUACGACACCAGUGAGAAGUGCCGCACACCGGCCUGGACCGACCGCAUACUCUGGAAGAGGAGGAAGUGGAACUUUAACAAAACAGCUGAGGAGUUGAACGUAGUCGGGGCAGCUUCUACAUCUGGGGAGAAUGAGGACAAUUCAGAAAACCCCCGGAACUCGGGGACUCUGAAGUUCUAUGACAGGGCCGAGCUUAAGACCUCAGACCACAGGCCCGUCGUGUCGAUAAUAGACGUGGACAUCCUGGAGGUCGACCCGGAGGCGCGGCACCAGGUCUACAAAGAAGUCAUCGCCCUGCAGGGGCCUCCAGACGGCACCAUCCUGGUGUCACUCUGCUCGUCCGGCCCAGACGACUACUUUGGCGAUGAGCUCAUAGACGAGCUGCUGGACAAGUUUUCUAAUUUCGGAGAGGUCAUCCUCAUCAGGUUCGUUGAGGAGAAGAUGUGGGUGACUUUCCUGGAAGGUUACUCUGCUCUUGCUGCUCUUUCUCUCAGUGCUUCCACUGUGCUUGGCAAGAUGAUCGACAUCCGUCUUAAGAGUCCAGGCUGGAUCAAGAGUCUGGAAGAUGAGAUGAGCGUGGAGAGGAUCUGUGGAAGCAUCCCCACCUCGGCCAGCUCCACCCUGCUUGCUGAAGACACGGACAUGGGCGAUGAUGAUUACGAUAUGGAAGGUGACGUGGACGACGAAGUGGAGGAGAUCCUUCCCCAGCACCUUCAGCCUGGAGCAGGCUCCGGCCCUGGAUCCUCCCCUCUCCCCUCCCCCCGCGGUAGUCCCUGUCCCUCCCCCACCCACGGAGAGCCUGCCGGCCCCAGCAGGCCUAGUCGUGGAGGACAACCCUGCAGACCAUCACAGGGGCCUCCUGUCGACUUCCAGCCGGGCGCACCCACAUCUAUAGAGCCCAAACGCCCGCCCCCUCCUCGUCCCCACGCCCCCCCAGCCAGACCAGCACCCCCUCAACGCCCACCACCACCUUCAGCUCGAGGCCAGGUAGCAGUGGGAGCUCCUGGACCCGGAGGUGCUCCCAGACCGAAUAUCCCUCCUCGAGCUGGGGUAAUCAGCAUUCCCCCUCAGUCUCGCCCACUACCUCCCUCUCACCCUGGAGCACCCAGACCCAUUCCAGAGGUGCAUCCCGGGGCCCCUCGGUCCAUCCCAGACAACCACCCUGGAGCCCCACGACCUGUGCCCAGUGGCCAGGCUAAACCGACUGACCUGCCUCUGGGUCCUCCUCUGAUAGAGCCCCCUGCAGCGAGACCCCAGGUUCCAUCCCCCAUGCAGGCACCCAUGCAGGCACCCAUGCAGGCACCCAUGCAGCCCCAAUCGGCUGCCCCCUCGAUUCAGUCCCAGCUCCCACCGCCAAUGCAGCCCUCACUUCAAGCUCCACUCCAGCCACAGCAAGCUCCUAAAGCGGGGCCCCCUCCUACCGCUGCUGCCCCUGCUGGGUCUCCGCAGGGUCUAGCCUCUCCCAAACCCCCGCCACGUUCCCGCUCCUCUCACACUCUGCCACCCGAUGCUGCCAAGUCUGAGACAGCCCCAGCUGCGCAGACCAAUGGACUGAAUGGAAUCCAAAGAGAAGCACAAUGGAAGCCUGACCCUUUUGACGCACUUGCUUCUGAUUUCCUCAUCUCUUCCUCCUCCACCUGGCACAACACCCAGUCCCUGACCAGAGGCUCCUCUCUGCGUACUCCCCCUUCUGUUCCUGCAUCUACGUUGUCCUCCAACACUCUCCCUCUAUCCUUCUCCCUCCAGUCCUCCGCUCUGUCAGACCUGCAGCCACUUGAUUCGUCUUCCUCUUCCUCACUCUCCACCCCUUCACCGUUCACUUCCUCCCUGCUCCCGCCUCCUCCGGUCCCGUCUCGUAGCCGCUCGCAGGAGACGCUGCAUGCCUCCCCCGGCCCCAUCCCGACUGACCAGCUUCCUGCCCGACCCAACAGCACCAAUCCCUUCACGGGCCCACUGACGCAGCAGUAUCAGCAGAGCCGCUCGCUCACCCCGGACUUCAGUGUCCAGCGUCCCGUCCCGACGCCAAACAUUCAGAGGACCAUGUCAGCUUUUACUCAGCCACUCAUCCCCACCCCCGCUCCAACAACAGCCCCUACUGCUGCACCCACCUCCCAGUUCCGAAGGACCACCUCCCUGUUCGGACAAUCGUCCUCUUUUAAUCCUACACCUGCUCCUCUGCUCCCCCUCGCCCCAUCUCCCGUCCCCUCCUUGCCUAUGGCACCACCCUCCUCCAUUCCGCCUGUCCUCGCACCUCGACGCCAGCCACCUCCCCCAGGAGGGAAACCGACUCAGCAUUGGGUCACUUUUGAUGAUGAUUUGAAUUUUCAACCUCCAACCAAAACCCCACAGGCCCCCGUUUUCCCUUCAAGUUCCCUAGUGUCCCAAACUCAGACUCAGACGUCCCGCUCUGUGUUUGACUCAGAGCCCGACUGGUUAUCGUCGACCCCUUCAGUAUUCCCAACUCUCCCUCCUCCCAUCCCAACCAGAACUGUAACCAGUAACCCUGACCUCCCAGAGGUACCGAGCGACGACGGCUUCUUCCCCUGAGGGUCAACAGAAAGAUGUGAUCACUCUUAAUAUGUAAAGGGCAUAUCCAGAUAUGUAUAGAUCUAUGAUAAAUGUGUAUAUGUGUGUCUGUAUGUACAAAAGAGACAGUAUUUAAGAAGUAUAGACCAAUUCCCUUCUGAAUCACAGGACAGGAUUUAUAUCUUGAGCAGUAACAAGUGCACGAGCCUAAACGCGUGUUCUAACUUUACCACAGAGAUGUUUGCUUAUUCCCUGAUAUUAACCUUUAUUUUAAUAUGAAUCGUUCUGAAGUUUAAUUUUUAUUCAGGGCAGCAAACAUGUGCAUGUGUCUACAGUAUAGAGUAAUAUAAAGUACAUCUAAUACGCACAAAUCAUGUGUUUAACCACCUGUGCAAUAUCAAGACAUUUCUGUGUGGCCGUGCAGCACACUGCGUUGGCCUGCGAGGUCCAGGGUUACCUUGGUAUCUGCUACAUUCGCUUGACACACUGCGGUUCAUAUCCAUCAUUUUGACUGACUUGUACAUCAAAGCGGGAUUCUCAGAGUAGAGGGAAAUCUUCUACCUUCUCAGUUUACAUGUUGUAGAAGGCUAUGCACUGCAGGUUUUACAUUUGACCCCAAAAUAGUUUGUUGUACGUUUUCUGUUCUGUUCUUUUGUGUCUGAGGGGUGCACUUUUAUAAUACAUACUGUGCUCUCGCUUUUAUCAUGAAUGUACUUUAUGUUGCACUGGGUUUUGUCAUCGCCUCCUUGCUGACACCACAGCGUAAACAAGAACAGUGUCAUAGCCAGUCAAACUGUUCACUGCCGCAGGACUGAUGAUCCGUAAUGUCAUCUCAUUGAUAGUAAGACAUUUUGCUCUCUCUCUCUCUCUCUCUCUAUUCCAUCAUCAUUCUUUGUCGUUGGGCUGUUACGCUAAGCUGGAUAUAUUUUGUAGCUCUAUAUCAAAACCUAUACAUAGUGAUUAUGUAUAAAUGUAGGUUUUCAACAUGGAAACGACUCGCUAAAUGUGCAUAUGUGUGUUCGUGAUGAUCGUAUCAGUGGUUUGCACAAUGUAACUGAUAUGCACUGAAAGGCUAUAUGUGCUCUCUUGGUUGUGUUCUUGCUGAUGGCAGAAUGACAGAAAUGAGAGUCCUGUGGUUUGAACAGAUGACCUUUCCACCUCCUGUAGUGUUUUGAUCCUUCUUAAUUGAUCCAAAGCAUUUAACCACACUUGUAAAUUCAGAGAAUGUGGCGUGUGUGUGUGUGUGUGUGUGUAUACUUAUUUUACUGUAAGUACAAAGACGGUGUGAUUUUGGGUCCGUAGACAUGGCGCCAAGGAGAAGCCAUGCAUAAUAAUAAUAAUAAUAAGAGGGCACAUUUUUUUACUUCCGCUUUUGUUUAUUGCAAAAGUCCUGCUUUUAAUUUCUAUGAACAUUUACUCUAAAUAAUCUAUUGUUGAUAACUGUGGUGAGAAGUAAUGUGUUGUGUUUGAGGUGCAUAUCGUCUGUUGUCGUGUUUGACAGUGUUUGUGUUUGGAAGUGAGUGUGUGUGUGUGUGUGUGUGUGUAAGAGUGGAAUAUCAGAGCUUUUAUCCCUCGGAAGUCUCCCCUUUGAAGUGCACACAGUGUAUUUGCUUACAGGUUCUGUACUAACAGCCACUGUAUUCACACGCGCAUGGCUGUAACUGUAUUUCCGCUCUCCAGCCUGCCAAGGGCUGUGGAGGGGGCCUCAUUUUACGGGAAAAUGUUAACAAUACAAGACGAAGGACUUUUUACCCACAAAGCACCCACCAGCUUGACUGAAUAUACAGACUCAACUACUCUACUCUAUGCUUAAAUGCAUUACCAAAAUAUAAUUUCCAGUUGACUGUUUGUUGUGUCCUUCCCGGGCGCAGUGUGGUCCACAUUCCAGACGGUAGUGUGAUUGGAGUGUUGAGUGUCAAACUCUUCUCAGCGUUGGCAGAGCCUCGCUAAUUUCGUAACCAUUCAUGAGGUGUGUGUGUGUGUGUGUGUGUGUUGUCAGAGGUGAUGUGUCAGUAUUUUCCCCUGUACUACCUUAAUUCACUCUUUCACUGCUGUUGAGUUGUAGAGAUCGGCGUCAAUGAUGACAAGCAACAGUUUUACAAGAGGAUCAGUGAGAGUGCAAUCGUCCCCACCAUGACACCAUGCUAGCUGUUGUUAUCUAUUCAGAUGUUGUUUUCCCCCAACAUUCAGAAAUUAUGUAACCGGAUGAUAUGUCUUAAAAGCAUUUUGACGGCUCCUUGAGGAUAAAACAUCUGACCCAAGAUGGUACCAGCUAACUAACGCUUCUGCGCCUUGUUUAAACACAAAUGUAAAAUACAUACAAAUAAUCUUCGUUCACUGCACUAAAUGCAGUAGCUAUCUAUGUAAGCAAGUGUAGAGGGUUGCCUUUGCUUACAUGUCAAUGUCAGCUCUAAAAUGCAUUUAUUGUGUUAUCCAAAUGUGUGCAGUAGAUACUGUAUCUGCAUUAACAGUAGGUGACUAGCCAGCGCUUUGUGUCAUGUCUUGUUGAAGAUGAGAUUUUAUAGGAAACAAAUUGCUCCUUUUGUGAGGUUGGUGUCCCUUUUUAUGGCUAUAAUCCAUAGUAAAUAAAGAGUCUGUGUUGUUGAACAUAAUCUGUAUGUAUUAAAGAGAAAACAUGAAGCUGAGAUUUGUGUUAAUAUCCAACGUUCCAUAUUUUAAGUGCACAGCUGAUUGCACAUUUAUGUAUGAAGCAGUUUAUGUUGUAUGUAUGCAAAAAUAAAUGUAAGUUGACCCUG